AUGCGCAAGAUCGUCACCAACGAGUGGAAUCAAGUCGAGAGCUCUUGGACAUUUAUGGGGCAGAUCCAGAGAAUUUUCAUGUUCGCCUUGGGACUUGAGAUGAAACCUGGAUUCAUCAUUGGGAUCCAGAAACCAAAAAGGAUUCUAAGCAGUGGAAGCACAAGACAUCUCCGCCGCCAAAGAAAGUUUAAGACUCAGCCAUCUGCUGGAAAGAUCAGGGCCACCGUUUUCUUGGAUUCCAAGGGCGUCUUAAUGAUAGAUUAUAAGCCACCAAAGAAGACAAUCACUGGUGCUUACUAUGCAGAUCUAAUGAAGAAAUUGCCAAAUGCAAUCAAAGAGAAACAGCGCGGGAUGUUAACUGCUGGUGUUUUGCUACUUCACGACAAUGCGCCUGUCCACAAGAGUAGAGUUGCGCAAGCCGCCAUUCGUGAAUGCAAGUUUGAACAUUUGAAUCAUCCCCCAUAUAGUCCAGACCUGGCACCAAGUGACUAUUAUCUGUUUCGAAAUCUCAAGUCACACCUGCGUGGAACGAGAUUCGCCAAUGAUGACGACCUCAUUGCAGAAGCUUGGUUUGGGGGGGCAAGCAGAAGACUUCUAUUUUCAGGGAAUUGA